UAAUAUUUUUUACUCCCUCAUCCCAUAAAACUUCCCAAUCUGGAUGGUAAAGGGGUAACAUUUUUAACGAGGGGAUGGUUAGCAAAAACUUACUCAUGGUGCUACAAUUUUUAUUUUUAUUUUUAUUUUUAUGUUUUUUGGUAAUUAAACUGAAUAAUAAUAAUAAUACAUCAAAAUCACGUGGUGGGGAGUAAAAAAUAAACAAUCGAACCACUCCCACCGUUCCAUUUCUCUGUUUUCGUCUGUUGAGUUUUUUCCCCCAAAAUCUCUCUCUACCUCUACACCGAUCUUCAGUGCUUCACCUAGGGUUUGCUUCAUGACUCAGUUAAUGAUAGAAUGAUGCGUUCUCCCAGUACCCCAUAAGUCUCUGUAAUGGAUGGAUUGUGCAGUUCUUUUUUAUUAGAUAGGUUCUUAAUUCGGCGUUUACAUCAUGAAAAAUGUGGAUAAGCUAUACAGAUGAGUAUUACACUUUUGUUCCAUCAAAAUGAAGGAUGAGAAUCGGCUUGAGCUUAGGUUAGGACUGUCUUUGGGUGGAUCAUCUGUUGAAUCAGAAGGCACAAAUGGUAUCUCUGCAGAUAGUAAGGCAAAUAGAGGCGAUAGAGGCAACAAAUUGGUGGAUGAUUUCAAAAACUUUCAGAAACAGGAGUAUGACUCGGGGGCUCAGAAAAGUGAUCCAGUAAAACCUGAGGAGAACUUCUUUAGAAACCUUUCUAGUGAUAUGCUUGAUGUGGAUGGUUCUAGAAACUUGAAUGAGGGAGGGCUUUUGGUUGCAGACAGUAGCAGAUCAGCUAAAGUUGAAGAAGAGAAUAUUCCACAGACUGGUAAUGAACCUAAGAUCUUGUUUGAUGAGACAAGCCAUCGGAAGAAGCGCGAGAGAGAAUCCCAUCAUGCUGAGAUACAUGAAAAGAGAAGAACGUCACACAUUUCCAUAAACACUGAUGAUGGCUCAACUGCUGAUAAUGAAGAUGUGGCUGAUUCUGAAUUCGAGAGUUCAACCUCUAGACUGGUUCCGCACCAUGAUAGUGGCUCCAAAAGAUACAUUGGGAGUGGUGGCUCAUCUGAGGUUCCAAAGGAGGUUCGCAUGGUUAAUGAUUCAACUGUUGUGGACUUACAAGGGCAAAAAAGGUCUAAAAUUUCAUCAGAAAAAGAAUUUAGCCUUGGGAACAUGCCAUAUAAGGGUGUUCCUUUUCUGUCCCAAUCCACAAACAUCAUGAACUUUCAUCACCCGUUACAUGUGGAGUCAAACUCAGUUAGUGCGCCCAGCACAUCGGGAUAUCCAAUACCUGGCAUGAUGCAGGUCAUGGCUGUUGCAAAUAGCGAGAGAUCAGGGGCCCAUACUUUGAUGCCUGGAAACUUACCAUUGAUGUUUGGCUGUUCUCCUGUUCAGCUUCCGUCGUUGGAUAAGGAUAAUUCCUGGGGUUUGGUUUCUCAUCCUCAACUACUCCACCCAUCCCUUGCUGGCAGGGGUCUGUCAAACUCAGACAAACAAACUGAUGGGCUGAAGAUAUCCCAAGCUGCCAUGCCUGGGAUGCCACACAAGUCAUCUGAAGCUCCACAAUAUGAUGGGAGGGCAUUAGAACGGGCCAAGAUUGAUGGAAAAGAACAUGCCACUGGAGAAGGUUCCUCUUCUCAGACAAAAGAUGAUGAGAAUGGUAGCAACAUGAUUCUCUGGGCAAAAAAUUCAUCCGACCACCCAUCUGAAUAUCCGGCUAUAAGGCCAGGCAUUGAUGCAGACCUGAAAUUCGGGGGAUGUGGUUCCUACCCAGAUCUACCAUGGGUUUCCACAACAGGUCUAGGCCCAAAUGGUAGGACGAUAUCUGGCGCUACUUACAGAUAUAGCGCAACGCAAAUCAGGAUUGUUUGUGCUUGCCAUGGUUCCCACAUGUCGCCUGAAGAGUUUGUUCGGCAUGCCAAUGAAGAGCAAACGAAUCCAGCUACUGCCGGUAUGGUGUCAUUUCAAAGUAGCAAUCCUGCCUCCUCUGCUCAAAGCUGAGGAUUUCUUAAUUCCUUCUUCAGAUUGGUUAAAUAAUAAAUAUUGAGAUCUGAUGUGACGAGGAAGACACCUGCGUAUGGUUUUACGUACCACAUGUAAGAUUCCUCUUCACCUGUCUCACUAUACAUGCGUAGUUAUUCAAAUUUCUUUCAAUGUUGUCUUAGCAGCUGCAAUUGAUAAUCAGGUAUAUGUAAUAAUAAAUCUACUAACGGAUUGGUAAAUGUUAGAGACUUGAGCCAAUGAGCUAUAUGUAAUUGCCAUAUUCUACUAUACAAAUACUCAAAUUCAUGGUGAUGAGUUUGUAACUCAAUAUGUACAAGUGGCAUAUAGUAAGAUCAUAGUAAUCAUUAAAUUUACCAUAUUUGAAUUCA